UAAAGCAGAGCAUGGUCUUGUGGAUGGUUGCGGGGGUGGGGUUUGUGCAGGACCCAGCCCUCCUCUUGAUCCUCAUGAGGGGACAAUGGAUCCUGUUCUUGUCUACCCUACUCUGUGGUCUGGCUGGCCCUGAGCACCUGUUCCAGCCAAGCCUGGUGCUGGACAUGGCCCAGGUACUCCUGGAUAACUACUGUUUCCCAGAGAACCUCAUGGGAAUGCAGGAAGCCAUUGAGCAGGCUAUCCGGAGCCGUGAGAUCCUGAGCAUCUCAGACCCCCAGACGCUGGCUGGCGUGCUGACAGCCGGGGUGCAAAGCUCCCUGAAUGACCCUCGCCUACUCAUCUCCUAUGAGCCCAGCACCCUAGAGGCUCUGCAGCCAGCCUCAGCACCCACCAACCUCACGGAAGAAGAAAUGCUCAGUGAGCUGCAGACAAGCAUGAGCUACAAGGUUCUGGAGGGCAACGUGGGCUACCUGCGGGUAGACAACAUCCCAGGCCAGGAGGUGCUGAACCAGCUGGGGGGCUUCCUGGUGACUCACGUCUGGAAGCAGCUUAUGGGCUCCUCUGCCUUAGUGCUGGACCUGCGACACUGCACAGGGGGCCAUGUCUCCAGCAUCCCUUACCUUAUUUCCUACCUGCACCCGGGCGGCACCGUGCUGCACGUGGACACCAUUUACAACCGCCCCUCCAAUACGACUACGGAGCUCUGGACCUUGCCCCAGGUGCUGGGGGAGAGGUAUAGCGCCGACAAGGAUGUGGUGGUCCUCACCAGUGGCCACACCAGGGGCGUGGCCGAGGACAUCGUCUACAUCCUCAAGCAGAUGGGCAGGGCCAUCGUGGUGGGCGAGCGGACUGAGGGUGGUGCCCUGGACCUCCAGAAGCUGAGGAUAGGCCACUCUGACUUCUUCCUCACUCUGCCUGUGUCUAGGUCCUUAGGGCCCCUGGGCGGGGGAAGCCAGACAUGGGAAGGCAGUGGGGUGCUGCCCUGUGUAGGAACUCCGGCAGAGGAGGCCCUGGAAAAAGCGCUGGCCAUCCUCACGCUACGGCGCGCCCUGCCGCAGAUCAUCCGGCGGCUGCAGGAGACCCUGCAGGACUAUUACACACUGGUGAGCCGAGUGCCCACCCUGCUGCACCUCCUCGCCACCAUGGACUUCUCCGCCGUGGUCUCGGAGGAGGACCUGGUUGCCAAGCUCAACGCCGACCUGCAGGCGGUGUCUGAGGACCCCAGACUCCUGGUGCAGGCCCUCAGGCCCAGGGAAAACUCUCCUGAGCCUGAGCCGGAAGCCGACGGAGCCCCAGGGGCAGCCCCCAUGGUGCCUGAGGAUGAGGCUGCUCAGUGUGCUCUGGUGGAGUCCGAGUUCCAGGUGUCGGUGCUGCAGGGUAACGUGGGCUACCUGCGCUUCGACAGGUUUGCAGACGUGUCCGUUCUGGAGAUGCUGGGUCCACACAUCUUGCGCCAGGUGUGGGAACCCCUGCAGGACACGGAGCACCUCAUCAUGGACCUGCGCCACAACCCCGGGGGGCCCUCCUCCGCCGUGCCCCUGCUGCUGUCCUACUUCCAAGGCCCCGAGGCCGGCCCCGUGCGCCUCUUCACCACCUACGAUCGCCGCACCAACCGCACACAGGAGCACUUUAGUCGCGCGGAGCUGCAGGGCCAGCGCUAUGGCAGUCAGCGCGGUGUGUACCUGCUCACCAGCCACCGUACAGCCACGGCCGCUGAGGAGUUUGCCUUCCUGAUGCAGUCUUUAGGCUGGGCCACGCUGGUGGGUGAGAUCACAGCGGGCAACCUGCUGCAUACGCACUCCGUGCCCCUGCUGGAGACGCCCACUGGCAGCCUGGUGGUCACCGUGCCCAUGCUCACCUUCAUAGACAACAAUGGCGAGUGCUGGCUGGGCGGCGGCGUGGUUCCCGACGCCAUUGUGCUGGCCGAGGAGGCCCUGGACCGUGCGCUGGAGGUGCUGGACUUCCACCGGAGUCUGGGUGCUUUGGUGGAGGACACAGGGCACCUGCUGGAGGCCCAAUACGCCCGGCCGGAGGUGGUGGAGCAGACCCGGGCCCUGCUUCGGCAGAAGCUGGCACGAGGGGCCUACCGCACAGCCGUGGACCCUGAGUCACUGGCCUCCCAGCUCACAGCUGACCUGCAGGAGGUGUCUGGAGACCACCGUUUGCUGGUGUUCCAUAGCCCCGGGGAGCUGGUGGCUGAGGAGGCGCCCCCGAUGCCGCCUGCUGGCCCUUCUCCGGAGGAGCUCUCCUACCUCAUCGAGGCCCUGUUCAAGACGGACAUACUGCCCGGGCAGCUGGGCUACCUUCGAUUUGAUACCAUGGCCGACCUGGAGACGGUGAAGGCCAUUGGGCCACAGCUGAUGCAGCUAGUGUGGUCCAGGCUGGUGGGCACGGCCGCACUGGUCAUUGACCUGCGCUACAACCCCGGCAGCUACUCCUCUGCCGUGCCGUUGCUCUGCUCUUACUUCUUUGAGGCAAAACCCCGCCGGCACCUCUAUUCAGUCUUUGACAGAGCCACCUCUCAGGUGAUUGAAGUGUGGACACUGUCCCAGGUUGCUGGCCAGCGCUACAGCUCCCCCAAGGACCUCUAUGUCCUGGUGAGCCACAGCAGUGGCUCUGCAGCAGAGGCCUUCUCCCAUGCCAUGCAGGACCUACAGCGGGCCACCAUCAUCGGGGAGCCCACGGCUGGGGGGGCUCUCUCUGUGGGCAUCUACCAGGUAGGCAGCAGCCCCCUAUAUGCUUCCAUGCCCACGCAGACAGCCCUGAGCGCCACCACAGGCCAAGCCUGGGACCUGGCUGGUGUGGAGCCUGACAUCAUUGUGCCUGUGAGCGAGGCUCUCUCCACAGCCCAGGACAUUGUGGCCCUGCGUGCCAAGGUGCCCACGGUGCUGCAGACAGCUGGCAAGCUGGUAGCUGAUAACUAUGCCUCGCCCGAGUUGGGCGCCAAGAUGGCUGCGCAACUGAGCCAACUACAGAGCCACUAUGCCACCGUGACCUCGGAACGGGCCCUGGCUGAGAUGCUGGGGGCUGACCUACAGAUGCUGUCCAGGGACCCACACCUGAAAACUGUCUACAUCCCCGAGGAUGCCAAGGACCACAUUCCCGGGAUUGUACCCAUGCAGAUUCCUUCCCCUGAAGCCUUUGAAGACCUGAUCAAGUUUUCUUUCCACACGAACGUGUUUGAGGGCAACCUCGGCUACCUGAGGUUCGACAUGUUUGGAGACUGUGAGCUGCUCUCCCAGGUCUCCGAGCUGCUAGUGGAGCAUGUGUGGAGGAAGGUUGUGCACACGGACGCCAUGAUUAUUGAUAUGAGGUUCAACAUCGGUGGCCCUACCUCCUCCAUCUCUGCCCUGUGCUCCUACUUCUUUGACGAAGGCCCUCCAAUUCUGCUGGACAAAAUCUACCAUCGGCCCAACAAUUCUGUCAGCGAAAUCUGGACCCACACCCAGCUUGCAGGUGAACGCUACGGCUCCAAGAAAACCGUGGUUAUCCUGACCAGCCGUGUGACGGCUGGUGCUGCAGAGGAGUUCACAUACAUCAUGAAGAGGCUGGGCCGGGCCCUGGUCAUCGGAGAGGUGACCAGUGGUGGCUGCCAGCUGCUGCAGACCUACCACGUAGAUGACACGCACCUCUACAUCACCAUCCCCACAGCCCGCUCAGUGGGGGCCUCAGAUGACAGCUCCUGGGAAGGGGUGGGCGUGACACCCCACCUGGUGGUCCCUGGAGAAGUUGCCCUCACCAGAGCCAAGGAGAUGCUCCACCACUCUCUGCAGAUGGUGAGGCUAAACGCAGGCCUGCAGGGCCACAGGAGAGGCCUCGGUGGAUAG